AUGGCAACAAAGCUUAGCUCCAUAAAACAUCGUAAGUCAUGCCUUAGCAUCGUCGGCGGCCAGCCCGACAAACGAUAUGUCACGGCACGUAGUACAAUGCAAACAGUCGGCGUCUAUGUCGGCACUUGUGAUGCUCUGUGCCAGUGUCACAACAGUCGCAACACACAAAUGUGGCGAGGCCGCGGCGCCGCGACUAAUCGCGCGACAAUACCGGCGCGUUGGCCCGCUAUGCCGCACCGAGCGAUCAAAGCCGUGCGGUGGCGACAAAGCGUUUGUGCGCGGGCGGUCGCUCGCACGCACGCUCUAGCCGCAUUGCCAUUACACCUUGCAGACCCAUCAUGUAAAGUAACAAUUGCGACUUCGACUCUCCAUUACAUAGGUACAUAUACAACCUAA